CCCGAUCCCGAACCCGUCAAGCACCAGUCAAGAUGUUGUACCUCGUUGGUCUCGGUCUCUCCGAUGAGACAGAUAUUACCGUCAAGGGUCUCGAAGUUGUCAAGAAGGCCGAGCGUGUCUACCUCGAGGCUUACACCAGCAUCCUCCUUGUGGACCAGGCUACUCUUGAAUCCUACUAUGGCCGCCCUAUCGUCGUCGCCGACCGCGAAAUGGUCGAGUCCAACAGCGACGAGAUCCUCCGCGAUGCGGACAAAGUCGACGUAGCCUUCUGCGUCGUCGGCGACCCAUUCGGCGCCACCACGCACACGGACCUGGUGCUGCGCGCGCGCGAGCUAGGCAUCCAGGUGCGCACCGUGCCCAACGCCUCUAUUAUGAGCGGCAUCGGAGCCGCGGGCCUGCAGCUGUACAACUUUGGCCAGACGGUCAGCAUGGUGUUCUUCCUCGAUAACUGGCGGCCCGCGAGCUUCUACGACCGUAUCAAGGAGAAUCGCUCCAUCGGCCUGCACACGCUCGUUUUGCUGGACAUCAAGGUCAAGGAGCAGAGCCUGGAGAACAUGGCGCGCGGCAGGAAGAUCUACGAGCCGCCCAGGUAUAUGACGGUCGGCACCUGCGCGCAGCAGAUGUUGGAGAUUGAGGAGGAGAAGCAGGAGGGUGUCUAUGGUCCCGAAAGUCUGGCCAUUGGCUGCGCCCGUGUUGGUGGAAAGACGGAAAAGUUCGUGUCGGGCACGCUCAAGGAGCUCUGUGAUGCCGAUGAUCUGCUGGGUCCCCCGCUGCACAGCUUGAUCCUCUUGGGACGGAGGACGCACGAGCUCGAGCACGACUUUGUGAGGGAGUUUGCUGUCAACAAGGAGAACUGGGACAGGAUAUGGAAGGCUGAAUACUGUGGAAAGCAGUAGAUCAAGUUUUCUUGUUUGUUUCAAAAGCGUACGUUCAAUUAAAUUAGCUUGUUACU